AGAAUCAACGAUGAUUUGUUUGUGGGUGCUUAUCCUUUUGCCGUAAGUGUACAACAAGCAAUGAGAAUUACUUUAAAACACGACUCCGCUGCGCCUCUCUUUUAUACCUCCCCCUACUCCAUGCCCCUCUCAACAACAAUUCGUUUGGUUCCCCACCACCAACCAAUGUUUCUGGCGCAUAAGCGGCAACGCCGCACCGCUACUAGUGUCCUCGCUGGCGAUUUCGAUCUUCGACCUCCCCGGGAUGUGCUUACUAGCCUACUCAAUGGCGUAGCACCUUACAAGGAAGUUGAGAAAGAGGAAGAGACGCGUAGAACAAAAAAGAAAGAGAAGAGGGAACGUCUGAAGGAGAAACAAAGGACAAAAGCGACCCCCAAGGUUCCAGAGAAACCUAUCAAAGUGGAGAGUGCCACUGCACCUCCACCUGCGCCCAUCGUAGCUAUCCAAUCAAUCAGUGCCCCUGCCGUGCAGACCUCUUCUUUCUGGCGUGCCCGCGGGACGAGUCACCGACCUACUAUACACAUUGCGACCAUGCAGCGCUCUGUAUCCGUUACACCGCCCCCAAUGGCAUCUUCCCCACAGACUACCCCCGGACCGUCAGUUUCUUCGGCUACAUCACGUACAUCAUCGAAGCGCCCCCGCACGCCUGCAGAUGACUACCCCGAUUCUGAUGCCUUCAUCCAUUACAGAAGCGCUCCACAACCACGGAAAAAAAGAAUUGCUGUGAAGAAGGGCUGGAAGGGCUGGGUGGAGGGUUCGCCAGCGCCGUCCGAGAAGCUCAUCAAUCUAGAUGCAGUUCCUGUGCUACAGGAGAGACGCACACGCAGUGGCAAAAGUUUCGACGCAAUAGGUGUUGGAAAGGAUGGUUGGGUAUAAAUGGUCUGAUAUUUCACCGCCUUCCUUGCCGCUGUAAAAUAUGAUCUGAUGGGCGUUCUACAGCUCCUUACACACAGCAUCAUACCCCUGCCCUUCUCAUCGCGAUGCCUUUUGAAAUCACACUGAUACCAGCCCACGGGUCGGAAGGAUUUCGUCCGAAUUGCAACUUACCCCCUUUGGUAUAUUCCCCACCAUCUUAACUGGUUCCUUACACCUCUAUUUCGCUCAUCUCAAUAACUAUAGCUACAGUAUAUGCACACAUAUAUCAAUUUUGGUCCUAGUUCUGUAUUUGUUGUACCGCCUGGUUUUAACACUCAAUCUUGUCGUCUUCCGUUGUUUGGUCGGGUGUCAUGGUGUUGGCUUUCUUUAUCUCGCUACCAGCCUUUCUGGGUAUUCUUUGCUAAAUAUAUGUAUGUAUGAUGACCGAUUUUGAUGUCGGCCGAUGAAUGAAAUUCCUAAUAAUCUGGGAUUUUGCUUUCA